AUGCUGCGCAAAAACUACCCUGCGAAAUUGAACAACUACAAAGACAUGAUCAAUUUAAAGGAGCAGGAUGUGAUUCAUUUACGUCAGUUACCUCAACACUCAGCAUUAAUUAAUGACCUUUGUCUAAAUUCACCACUUUUACAAAUCCAAUCAAGCUCGCACACUGCAAUGUCUUCUCUCAGACGCCGUGAUCCUUGGUCCAUUCCUUUAAGAAAAAUGUCUGUAAAUCUAAUACAAACGUACAAGCACAUAAACGAGGUGUACUAUCGUAAGAAGCGACGACUUCGCGAACAACAACGUCAAACAAAUGAAACUUCUGCUACAGUUCCUGAAGUACCUUACCUUCAAAAAGUUCGCUCACCUGAACAUGAUCUAUUGCUUGGUGAUCACCUGGAUUCAUUUUGGAGGAUGUCGGAUAGUAGUGAAGCGUGUAUCAAAACACAACCAAUGUAUGACCAUGGCACUUUGGGUGGUAUUACUAGGACCACAGAACACCAAUCAUUCCCUUCAGGUGUUUCAGUUCAACAUAGUUCUACAACAUCUAACAAUGCUAUGAACGUGCCUACAAAUUACAGUGUAGGUUCAACUGUUCAGUUACAAAUGUUUCCAUGCAACAAUUCUGUUGUGUCUUCCAAAAGCUCGCCUCACCCUCGACAUCGGACCGUACCGAAUGUACUUCGAGUGAAUUCAGAUCAAAUAGUACAACCUUAUCUAUAUGAUUCAACCACGUUAAAUGGAGUAACAAAUCGUUUUUCUACACUAGAUAUUUCUGAGUCUAUCUAUGACACCGGUAAUUCACAAUUAGACUCAAGAUUCAUGCCUGUUACCCUCAAUAAUGUUUGGCUACCAACAAGCAGUUCCAGUACACUUGCAACACAUAUUUCUAGACCACUCCUACUUGAAAGUGGUAAGUCGGUAGUUCGUGACCAAAGAGAUCCACGUGGUUCCAAUAACCAGAGAGAUACUGAGCCACAUUCCACACAUUUGCAACACAUAUUCCCAUAUCAAUCUUUUCUGCCGUCAAAGACGGACUUUCCCACUUAUAUGGAGCAAAGUCCAUUGUCUCUAGACAACAACAUUCGUUCAAAAAACUCAUCUCAAAUCCCUCUGUGUCUUUUGUCAACAGGAGAGGCUAGGAAUACCAGCAUCACUACCACCGAAGGAUUUUAUCAGAAUCAAUUCAAUUUAGAUAUUACGAAACCAAUCAAUCCACAUCAUUCAAUUUCUUUCCCGUCAAAUAAUUUGGUGUCAGCUUCUGUAACUUCACCGUCACAUAUGUCUGGUUUUCGUCAACGUUUCGACCUCACGUCACAAAGUCAAGAUGCUUUAGCAAAUACAAGAACAUCACCACAUGAUAACAUCCUUGGGGUUACUAGCACUAGUCCUGCCAGCCCGCUUUUGCCAUCCAUUUUUUCCGGUCACGUGUCUAAUCCAGCUUUAAUUACAUCUUUAAGCACAUGCGUUGCACGACCUCAUGAAGGCAAUGUAAAUCAACUGUAUCCACUUGGUUUGUCUACUAAUGAAGUGUUACACUCUUCCUAUGCACAAAAUGCUCUGUCAAAAUCCACAAAUGUUACAUAUGUAAAUCAACCUAUGUUUUUCAACUCGGCACUGUCAAAUCAGUUUGUUCACCGUUCUGGUAUAAAUCAAAUAGGGACUAAGGUGGUGAUCACAAACUCAGACAUUCCUGGGACAUCAACAACAGUCUUAUCAGCAGCUAGUGUAACAGUGCAACAAUCAUCUGGAUAUCCGGUUCAAGCAAAAUUAGUAUAG